CGCCUCGGGGCUGCCUGCUUUGCAGCUCUCAGACACUCAACAAAGCAAGCAUGCGCGCACCGCAGCUGAUCAAGGUUGCAGCCCUCUGCGUGGCCUUCCUGACAGCUAGCCAUCUAGUCGCUGCUCGGCCAGUCGCUGUACAGGUGAUUCGGGCGCGCGACUCUCAUCCCCAUAAGUUGAUCCCGCGCCUGAGCAUGGGCACCUUCUGCAAGUGGGUCGGCGGCGCCUACUGUGGUCACCGCCGCUCCAUUGAGGGCAAUGCCCCGGCAGAGGUCGUGCAAGGGCGGGACACUCCACCCGACGACCUAUUGCAGCCGCGACUCUUCGUCUGCAAGUGGCUGAUCGCCUGCCAUCAUCCCCGCUACCUGUCAGAGAUCGAUACCACCGACGCAGUCCAGGAGCGCGGCCUGCAACCCGGCAGGUUGGUCCCGCGUCUGAGUCGGAGCCUUUUCAAAUGCGGAAGGCUGCUUGGUUGUAAACGCUCCGCCUAUAUCUCAGAGACCAACUCCAUCGACGCAGUCCAGCAGCGCGACGUCCAGCCUAGCAGGCUCCUCGCGCCACGGUCGGCCGGCAAAGCAUCGGAAGGCUAUUCGCCGUCGCGCGGAAAGCGAGAAGUUCUACAUCGAGACAUCUCAGUCAGCGACCUCGUUGUCCGACAGUACGCUCCUUGGUGCGAGGACAAUCCGACCAAUUGCUACUGCCAGAAUAAAUGUCGCCGUUCCGUCGGUCUUGCUACCGAACUGAUCAAGCGUCGUUUCGGCGACAAGCGUCUUGCAACCCAGUCAAAGUCGACCUCGGUCCUACACAGGCGCGCUGUUGAAGCGUCUCCAUUAAAUGUGCUUCCAACACGCUCCCAUCCGGCUCGCCCAGAAGGUGAAAUGCUAAGGGUGCGAAGUGCACCAAUUAAAACCCUCAUUCAAGAAGAAGAGAAAGGCAAAGCCCACGAGUACCGCCGCAAUCAACUUCGAGGCGCUGAUCCGGACAAGCCGGAUCCUGUCAGCAUGUGCACUUUGUAUCCAGAUGAUCCCGAGUGCGAUCAUGACAAACGUCGCCGUGACACUCUGAGCCAAAAAGAGAAGAGGGAGCCCCAUGACCGCCGUCAUGAUCGAGACAGCGAUCCCCCUAAGGAGGUCAGCCCUGAACUUCCGAAGCCCAACCCGGUGAAUAUGUGCGUCGAGUAUCCAGAUGACCCCUCGUGUCAUCUUCGUCGGCGCCGCGAAGGCGAACAAAGCGGCCUUGUUUGGCGUCAAACGUGGGAGCCGCGCGCGAAGCAGCCUCGACGCGACCGCGCGGCAAGUGUAGAUCUGGCUGGUCGCGAGGUGCACGUCAAGUGCGAAUGGGUGCCCGGAGAAGGCCAGGUGUGCCAUGGAGUGCCAGAUCAGCAGCGCGAUGUCGAACAGCAGCUUCGACGCGAUGAGGGCCCAUCGUGCGACUUCACUCCCGAUGAACCCAUCUGCUACGAGACGCCAGGCGGUGGAGGUACCGCUCCUCCGUAAUAGAGGCGCAACUCGGCCCGAAAAGCUCAGUCAUUCGUUCCCUCAACCUCUGCCUCCGCCUCGCCUCGCCUCGAGCGCACCACAGCAACCAGGAUGCUCGAAAGGAAAUUCGUGCGAAUGCGAAUAUUGCUGCCGUGCCCCAUCCUCAGCCCCGCGCCGCCCGUUGCGCCCGUUCCUGCCACCAUUGCUAGACUCACGACUUUUUGCGCUCCCGUACACGCUCCACCCACCCUCUCCUUUCCCUGAGACUCGUCGCAUCGCCAGACCGUGCCUGCCUGGCUGCGCAUCAAUUCGA